UAUUCGUUUUGUCCAACGUAUUGUGCACGAUAAUUCUCAUACCAGUGAUAUAUCACAAAAUAAGGAUCGUCGUGCAAUCCUCCGGAUAUCUUCCAUAAUAUUGAGCUCGAGGUGGGCUUCGCCACCUUCCAGGACUGGAAUACCUCCAAAAAAUGGGGAUUUUAGGGAAAAUGGUGUUCGUGGGGUUCGGGGCUGCUUCCCUAGCGUUGGCUCUGGUCAUUGGAUUCUCCUGGGGGCUGAGUGUUCAACCCUUCCUUGGGAGUGAUGUCCUGAAGGAUGUGCCUUUAAUCGAUGGGCACAAUGAUCUGGCUUGGAAUCUCUACUUGAAACACGCGAACAAUCUCAGUGCAUUUCACUUCGAUCAAGACCUACGUAACGACUCAAUAAUGGGAACUGGAGUCUGCGUCACUUGUCAAACAGAUUUGCCACGAUUGACUAAGGGGAAAAUUGGAGGACAAUUCUGGGCAGCCUAUGUCAGCUGUGAUUCCCAGUACAAGGAUGCCAUUCAACUCACGCUCCGUCAAAUCGACGUUAUAAAGAGACUCGUUAAGAAAUACCCGAAGAAUCUCCAGUUCGUUACGGAAGCUGGGGAUAUCGAGAAGGUCUGGAAGACCGGGAAAAUAGCGUCGAUGAUAGGGAUUGAGGGGGGACACUUGUUCGAUUCUAGUCUCGGUGUUCUUCGACUUUAUUAUGAGCUGGGGGUGCGUUAUGUUACGUUAACGCACACGUGUAAUACGCCGUGGGCCGAUGCCUCUACUGUCAAUGAAGGGUCUGUCUAUAAUCUGACAGAUUUUGGAAAGACAAUCGUACACGAAAUGAAUCGCUUGGGUAUGAUGGUUGACCUGUCACACGUGUCACACAAUGUCAUGCGAGAGGUACUCGCUACAACAAAAGCACCAGUUAUUUUUUCACAUUCAUCAUCUUUCAGUGUCUGCGAUCAUUACAGGAAUGUACCUGACGAUGUCCUUCACAUGGUUAAAGAAAAUAAUGGCAUUGUGAUGGUUAAUUUCUACAAUAAUUUUGUCAACUGUAAUGAGACAAAGGAAACGACCAUUGAGGAUGUAGUUGAACACAUAAAUUACAUAAGAAAUUUAAUUGGACCGGAUCACGUUGGAAUUGGCGGUGAUUACGACGGUAUUAGUGAUACUCCCAAGGGUCUGGAGGACGUUUCUAAGUACCCGAAUCUCUUCAAUCGUCUGUACGAUCGUCGAGAGAACGAGCCCGAGUGGAGUCGCACUGACCUCGAGAAACUGGCGGGUAGAAAUUUAAUUCGUGUCUUUGGUGCAGUUGAACAGGCUCGGGACGCAUUGGCAACUGUUCCUCCAAGUGAUCGGAUCAUCACUGGAUACGAAUUGUACGUCGCCCAGAGACGAGAGGAAUUGAAACCUGGUGCAUGCCAAACAGCGACUGAAGCGCAAUGUUUAUUGUAGGUGGGAGCAGGUGGACCUGUCCAAAGUUUAAAUACGAGAGUAUUAUCACGGAAGAUGUGACCUCCAGAGGAUCAUCCGCUGAAUCGUCGGGUGCAUUAAGUGAUCGUUAAAUUUAUUGAACGAACUUUGUCCAGUGAAGAAGGUUUUUAUGUUAACAACAAUGUCUUUACUGUAUUUCAAUAAAUUUUCAUUCUUUUUUCAUUGAAAACAGGGAA